AUGGCCGUGGCCUGGCUAAUCUGGCCGUUCGUGCUAUCUCUAACAGCACUAUCCGCAAAUUCGAUAACAGAAACAGAAUCAUUGUUGAACUUCAAGAAGUCAUUAACCAACACCAAGUCUCUUGAUUCUUGGACAAUAGAUUCAGAGCCUUGUGGAGAAAGCAACCGAUGGGUCGGAUUACUCUGCAACAAAAACUCUGUCUUUGGUCUUCAAAUCGAACAGAUGGGUCUAUCAGGAAACAUCGAUGUCGCUCCUUUAGAAGACCUACCUUCUUUACGAACCAUAAGCAUAAUGAACAACUCUUUCUCCGGUAACAUACCCGAGUUUAACCGAUUAACCGCUCUGAAAUCAAUUUACAUAUCGGGUAAUCGCUUUUCUGGUAACAUUCCUUCUGACUAUUUCACAACGAUGGUGUCGCUAAAGAAAGCGUGGCUGUCAAACAACGAGUUCUCUGGUCUCAUUCCUAUCUCAUUGGCUACCGCAUUGCCAAAUCUAAUGGAGUUACGCCUCGAGAACAAUCAAUUCAUCGGUACUAUACCGAAUUUCACACAGACAACUUUAAAUGAUGUCGAUCUCUCAAACAACAAACUAACCGGAGAAAUACCUCGCGGUUUGUCUAAAUUCGAGGCCAAGUUUUUUGAAGGGAAUUCUCGUCUUUGCGGUGCGAAGCUAGCAACUGCCUGCCCACAACCAAGAAAUGCGACUGCGUCGGUUACAAUAGACGGAACACUAAAAGAUGCAAAUAAGAGCAAAUACUUUCUAGCAUUCGGGACAUUAGGAGUUCUUCUUCUCGUUGUUCUUAUCUCCUUAGCUUUCAGGAAGAAAAAGAAGAAGAGACGUAGGAAGAAGGCACUUCGUACCUCUGAACAAGACAGUGCUGAUGACCAACAAAUUCAGAUAACUGUUGAUGAAUCGAAGAGUAGCUCGAGGCAUAGUAAGGGUAGUCGCUCGGGCGAAUUGACGAAUAAAUCAACGGUUGCAGCAGAGCUGGUUAUGGUGAACAAAGAAAAGGGUGUUUUUGGUUUAACUGACUUGAUGAAGGCAGCAGCUCACGUGCUCAACAAUCCCGGAGGUGGAAGCAGCCGUCCUAGCAGCAACGGAGGCGUGGGAUCUGCAUACAAAGCGGUGCUUUCAAACGGCAUCACGGUGGUGGUGAAGCGUGUGACGGUGAUGAAUCAAGUGAGUGUUGACGUGUUCGACAAGGAAAUUACGAACUUGGGAACCUUGCGACACAGGAAUGUAUUAACACCUCUUGCUUACCAUUUCCGACGGGACGAGAAACUACUAGUGUUCGAAUUCGUCCCUAAUUUGAGUUUGCUUCACCGAUUACACGGCGAUCACAGUGAAGGAUUAGAUUGGCCAUCGAGACUCAAAAUCAUUCAAGGAGUAGCUAGAGGAAUGUGGUAUCUCCAUAGAGAAUUAGGUUUUCUGAACCUACCACAUGGAAACCUAAAAUCAAGUAAUAUAUUUCUUGCCGAAGACGGCGAGCCUCUAGUCUCCGAAUUCGGACUCCAAAGACUGAUCAAUGCCGACGCACUAUCUCAGUCUCUCGUGGCGUAUAAAUCUCCAGAAGCGGAACGUAGAGGAACACUCUCGGCGAAAUCCGACGUGUUCAGUUUCGGAGUGGUGGUUCUUGAGAUCUUGACAGGAAAGUUCCCGUCUCAAUACGCCGGUUUGGAUAGAGCCGGUGGUACGAAUUUGGUGGAGUGGAUUGGCUCCGCCAUGGAACAAGGUGGUUGGAUGGAUCUACUUCAUCCGACGGUGGUUAACGCUGCCGCUGAUGAUAAGAUCAUGGAGGAAGAGAUUGAGAACGUUUUAAGGAUCGGUGUCAGAUGUACCGGAGAAGAUCCAGAUCAGCGACCAAAUAUGACCGAAGUCAUCGAUGAACUAACGAUUGAAGAUUCUAACGACGACUUCAUCACCAUAGAAACUUAG